AUGAGUAAAAGAUCUAUUGUAAAAUCAAUUUCUUCAUCUAAAACACUGGCAAACGUUCUUCAAAAAGUUGCAGAUAAGAAAAACGAAAUAAUAUUACAGAUAUAUGCUAAACCUGGGGCUAAAAGAAACAAAGUUACUGAUAUUUCUGUGGAAUUUAUUGGUAUUCAGUUAGCAGCUCAACCAAGGGAUGGGAAAGCUAAUGACGAACUUUUAUCGUAUCUUAGUGAAUUGUUCAAUAUAAAAAAGAGUGGCAUUUGUAUGAUUCGUGGGGAUACAUCAAGAAUUAAAACGAUAAAAGUAUCAACAGAUAAAUCAGAAGAUGAUAUCCGAUCAUUAUUAGAAUCUGAAAUAAAUUCUUAA